AUGGCCAUCACCGACCACAUCCCUCACAUCCCCAACCCUCCUCCUGGACAAUUACGACCAUGUCCGGUAUCUACUUUCACCGGUCGAAUGCCCUUCUCUUAUAAAGGCCCUGGUCCUGAUUCGUCCUUGAGUGGCGAGACGGCAUACUCAGUAUGGGGAGAUCUUGCAUCGGGGAAGACGCCCCUUCUUGUGAUUCAUGGUGGUCCGGACAUGGAUUACGACAUCCCGGUGGUCAUGUACGACCAGAUCGGCUGCGGUCAGUCGUCGCGCUUCAAGGACCAAGCCGGGAACGAGAGCCUCUGGACUGUAGAAAUGUUUGUGGAAGAGCUGGCAGCGAUGAUCAAGCACCUGCACAUAGAUCAAUUUGACUUGCUAGGGCACUCCUGGGGCGGCUGUUUAUGCGGCAACUUCGCAAUCCGGACACAGCCGUCAGGUUUGCGCAAACUUAUCAUUUGCAAUUCGCCUCCGAGCCUGAAGCUCAUGGAACCUGAGGUGCAGGAUGUGAUCGACCGAUGUGAAGCAGCCGACAGCUUCGACAGUACCGAAGGACAAGCUGCAAUGCAGUACGCGUACACACUCCAUGGCUGCCGAGUCAAACCGUGGCCCCGAGAAUUGAUGGCCUGUCUUUUAGGCUUGGCGGAGGAGAAGACCGUGUACAAGCCAAUGGCCGGGAGCUCGGCUUUCACCAUGAAAGGAUCGAUCAUGAGUGUGCCUGGAUUGGAAAAUCGAAUCCGAGAGAUCACAGAAAAGACGUGUCCGGGAGGUUUGCUGGUAGUGACUGCCGAGUUUGACCUAGCCUCCAAGGACCUACACUCACUGUGGUUCGAAGAGCCGAAGUGCAAGGUGAAGCACGUACAUCUCAAGCUAUCCAGUCACUCCGUUAUGCUUCAAGAGACUGAAGAUCUGAUGAAGGCUAUUGGUAGCUUCUUGGAUUCGUAG